UCCGUGCGCCAUCUUGUCCCCACAAUUCGGUGUAACAGAGCGCUUCGCGUGCGUCUGCCUCCAACCCAGAGAAUAAGAAACAAAACGACCUGAAAACACACUUGAAUGAAUUAAGAGACGUCGGUCCGCUUCUCGCGCACCUCGUCGGACGCGUUCCUUCGCGAUAUUCGUUAAGGUUAACGACUAUUUUUGUCCGUUUUCUCAUUUAAUGGCGUUGUGAAGGAACUGCCAUGGCGGGUAGUCAGCAGCAACAACAGCAGCAGGCCGUGAGCAAACCGACCGGCGGGAAACACGGCAAUAAUUUGCCAUUAUGGGGCAACGAGAAGACUAUGAACCUCAACCCUAUGAUUCUGACAAACGUGCUUUCUUCACCCUACUUCAAGGUCCAGCUGUACGAGCUCAAGACGUACCACGAGGUGGUGGACGAGAUUUACUUCAAGGUCAACCAUGUGGAGCCAUGGGAAAAAGGCAGCAGGAAGACAGCUGGGCAGACGGGAAUGUGCGGAGGGGUUCGAGGAGUCGGGACAGGUGGAAUCGUGUCCACGGCAUUUUGUCUGCUGUAUAAACUGUUCACACUAAAGCUGACACGGAAACAAGUGAUGGGUCUUAUCACUCACUCCGAUUCACCCUAUAUCAGGGCAUUGGGCUUCAUGUACAUCAGGUAUACUCAACCUCCUCCUGACUUGGUUGACUGGUAUGAUGAGUUCCUUGACGACGAGGAGGUAUGUCGCCACGGAUGGCCCUUGUGAUGCGGGUGGAUUGGAUAUAGGGUGCGCUCCACACUCUUGGCUGACGUUCGUGAGUGCAGUUAGACAAGCUCGCUCACCCACCCACUCCACCCCUUCACACGCACCGGAGCUGGACGUGAAAGCUGGAGGAGGGUGUGUUAUGACGGUUGGAGAGAUGCUUCGCUCCUUUCUGACCAAGCUGGAGUGGUUCUCAACAUUGUUUCCAAGAAUACCUGUACCUGUGCAGAAGGCAAUUGAUCAGCACAUGAAGAGCCGACCGCGUAAACCCCCACAAAAAGAUGAGCAGGAAGAGGAGGAGGAAGAGGCCACAGCAGCACCAGCAGCCGAUACAGGCAGGCAUGGAGAUAGGCGCCGUUCCAGGACACCUAGGAGAAGUCCAAGUCCCAGGAAAUCCCAGAAUCGCUCCCGGAGUCGCAGCCAUCACAGAGAAAGGCAUGGUGCUAGCUUUGAUCAUGAACUGGAGAGAGAACGAGACCGUCAGCGCAAGGAACGGGAAGGAAAGGACCGGGACAGAGAUAGAGACAGGGACCGAGAGAGAGACAGGGAGAGAGACAGAGAUAGACGACGUUCCAGAACUCCAGACCGAAACGCAGAACGCCGGCGGAGCAGAAGCAGAGAACGACGCCGGAGUCGCAGCACCAGCCGAGACAAGAGAACGGAGAGAAAAGACCGUGAUAAAGACAGAGAGGCAGAGAGUGAGAGAGAGCGUAGUCGCAAGAAAGACAGGGAGCACCAUAAAGAUCGAGAGAGGUCAAAAGACAAGAGGAGUAAAGGAGAGGGAGAGGAGCGGAGGCACAAGGAUGAUAAGGAGGAGAAAAAACACAGGGAAGAAAAGAGAAGUAAACGCUCGAGAAGCAGAAGCAGAGACCGCAAACACAAAGCUGAGAGAUCUAGCAAGAAACGCUCCCGCUCUGGCAGCAGGAGCAGGCAGGAAGCCGGGGAAGAGAAGAACAGGAAGCGGGAACGCAGCCAUAGUAAGGAUCGCCAACACAAGCGCAGUCGCAGCAAAGAGCGAUCGCACCGUCGGGAAUCCAGCAAUGAACGAAUACAUGCAAGACAAGACCGCCCCAGUUCUGAAUCUGGAGAACGAACAAACAGUGUUCGAGCAGAUUCUCCCUGAUCCAAGUUUGUCUUCUCCCCUCUCUCUCUCUCUCUCUCCCUCUGCAACUUUAUUCCGAUCCCUCUCUUAUUACUUUGUGUUCUUUUCUUUUAAUCCCCUUGUUAAAAGGCAAAAGCCUGGCUUUUUUUCUGCACUGUUAUCCACCACUUGUGUAGAUAUUAAAAAUGUAAUUUUCUCUCAGUUCCCCAUUUACAAAUGUCAGGACUCAAGAUGACAUUUUAAAAUAUUUUUUAUUAUUUCCCUUUUCUCCCAGAUUUGUUUUCAGGAUUUCCACAAAUGGCUGUGUACAUAGAGCUCAGAGAAUGUUUUAAAUUUCAACAGAGUGUCCACUGAGUUGAGUUUGUGGCACAGGGAGCUGAAAGCUAUGCUGACAUUGUGCUGUUUGAUUCAUUGCUCUGUUGCAUCUCAUUUUCUAAUAAAAUUGUAUGGAAUAGAA